AUGACGACUGAACUUCAAAAAGAAAGAGAACAAAUUAAAUUCAAUCCUAAAGAAGUAAACUAUUUCUUGGAAGGAUCUAAAGAAAGAUCGGAAAUUGUCAGCAAUAUUGUUGAACAAAUGGAAAAAGAUCCAGUGUUGAAAGUCGAUGCUUCCUAUUAUAACUUAACCAAAGAAGAACAAAGAGAAGUUACUGCUAAGAAAAUCGACAGAAUUUCAAGAUAUUUUGAAAAUGAAUUCCCUGAUCAACAAGCACAAAGAUUGUCUAUUAUUGGUGUAUUUGACCCUCAAGUCUUUACUAGAAUUGGUGUCAAUUUGGGUUUGUUUGUUUCUUGUAUUCGUGGUAACGGUACCAACUCUCAAUUUUUCUACUGGACCAUUAACAAAGGUGUUGAUAAACUUCGUGGAAUCUAUGGUUGUUUUGGUAUGACCGAGUUGGCUCACGGUUCAAAUGUCCAAGGUAUUGAAACUACUGCUACUUUUGACAAAGAAACCGAUGAAUUUGUUAUUAAUACUCCUCAUAUUGGUGCUACUAAGUGGUGGAUUGGUGGUGCUGCUCACUCUGCCACUCAUUGUACUGUUUAUGCCAGAUUGAAAGUUAAUGGCAAAGAUUAUGGUGUCAAAACAUUUGUGGUUCCAUUGAGAGACUCCAAUCACGACCUCAUGCCAGGUGUUACUGUUGGUGACAUUGGUGCCAAGAUGGGUAGAGACGGUAUUGAUAAUGGUUGGAUUCAAUUCUCCAAUGUCAGAAUCCCAAGAUUUAACAUGUUGCAAAAGUAUGCUAAAGUUUCUCGUGAAGGUGAAGUCACUAUGCCUCCAUCAGAACAAUUGUCUUAUUCUGCAUUAAUUGGUGGUAGAGUUACCAUGAUGAUGGACUCUUACAGAAUGACCAGUAGAUUCAUUACUAUUGCUUUAAGAUAUGCUAUCACCAGAAGACAAUUCAAGAGUAAGAUUUCUGGUGAUAAAGAAACUCAAUUAAUUGAUUACCCAUUGCAUCAAAAGAGAUUAUUCCCAUUCUUGGCAGCUGCUUAUUUGUUUUCUCAAGGUGCCUUGUACUUGGAACAAACCAUGAAUGAAACUAAUGAAAGAUUAGAUGAUGCUGUUGCUGAAGGUGACAAGAAUGAAAUUGACAAAGCUAUUGUUGCUUCCAAGAAAUUGUUUGUUGCCUCUGGUUGUUUGAAAUCAACAUGUACUUGGUUAACUGCUGAUGCUAUUGAUCAAGCUCGUCAAGCUUGUGGUGGUCACGGUUACUCUUCCUAUAAUGGUUUUGGUAAGGCUUAUUCCGACUGGGUUGUUCAAUGUAGUUGGGAAGGUGACAAUAACAUUUUAGCCAUCAAUGUUGCCAAACCAAUGGUCAAAGAAAUCUUACAAGAACCAGAACAAAAAGGAUUAGUUAUUGCUAAUGUUUCUGAUUUGAAUGAUCCAGCUAAAUUGGAUAAAGCUUUCGAACAUGCUCUUUCUGGUUUGGCUAGAGAUAUUGGUGCCGUUGCCAAAGACAAGGGUUAUGAUGUUACUGGUCCAAGUUUGGUGUUGGUCUCCAAAUUGAAUGCCCACAAAUUCUUGAUUGAUGGAUUCUUCAAACGUAUCACACCAGAAUUUGGUCCAGUUUUGAAACCAUUGGGAUUCUUGUAUGCUGACUGGAUCAUUGAAACAUUUAGUUCUGUGUUUUUAUCUUAUGGUGUUAUCGCUCCGGAAGUGAUUAAAAAGAUAUCUUCAGAACAUUUCCCAGCAUUAGCCAAACAAAUCAGACCAAAUGUUGUUGGUUUGACUGAUGCUUUCAACUUGUCUGACAUGUUGACUAAUGCUGCUAUUGGUAGAGCCGAUGGUAAUGUAUAUGAUCACUACUUUGAAACUGUUAAAUCAUUAAACCCACCUGAAAAUACUAAAGCACCAUAUUCACAAGCAUUGCAAGAUAUGUUAAACCGUCCUUCAGUUGAGGAAAGACAAAGAGGUGAAAAAUCUGAAGAAGCAGCUGAAAUUUUAUCAAGUUAG